UUAAGAAACAGGAUAGUCCACGCAAAUGUUGUUUGAAGUUUCAACCGUUACAGGCAAGGUGGUCCAAAUAGGCAACCGUGAAGGUUUCUUCGCAACGGCUCAAGAUCUCACAAUCUUGAGUUCUUGUCAAAGCCAUUGCGGGGGAAUAGCAAUUCCUUAUCCCUUUGGAAUUGGUAAAGGUUGCUAUCUCAACAACAACGAGUGGUAUGAAGUUAUCUAUAAUCAAAUCUCAGGAAAACCUGUGCCCAUUCUUAAUAGUAUCAACAGAGAGCUGGUAGAUAUCUCUCUCCCGGACGAGGAGUCAAGCAAUUCCUUUGGGCUAAUCCGAAUCAAGAACCCGGUAACUUCAUUAGGUUGUUCCAGUAUGGAAGAACUCAGCUUGGCUUUGAAUGUGACUGGAAGACCAUUCUUCCUCACCGGCCGUAAUACUCUAGUAGCAGUUGGUUGUAACAACAAGGUCUUGAUGACGGAUGUUAAGUCACAUAUUGGAGGAUGUGAAUCUACCUGUGACGUGGGGUCUGGCCAGAGAGGACAGAACAUAAGCUGCGACGGCUACAGAUGUUGCCAAGCGAAGAUACCCUCUGACCGUCUGCAACAGAUUGGCAUCAAGAUAGAGAGCCUUGGUGGUAACACAACGAAACCAGCUGGAUGCAGAGUUGCUUUCUUGACAGACGAGGCAUAUUCUCCUUCAAAUAUAACCGAACCAGAGUUGUUUUACGACAAGGGAUUUGCGACGGUGGAGUUAGGUUGGUUCAUAUAUAGAUUACGCAAUAUGUCCGUUGAUACUGGUUGUUAUUCCAUUAUCGAGGGUACAAGUGGUUGGGGUUACAGUAACUAUGAAAGUUGCAUUUGUAGAUAUGGUAAGUAUUUAGAGCGAAGCUAUAGAAACUACAUGUGUAACGGUGGUUACAGAGGCAACCCAUAUCUCUCGAGUGGAUGUAUAGAUAUUGAUGAGUGUGAAGAGGCCAAAGCUGAAGGGCGCAACCCAUGUGGGAAAGGGUAUGACUGUGAGAAUAUCCGGGGAAACUUAACUUGUCGCAAAAAAGGCAAAACACUAGCCAUCAUUCUUGGUAUUAGUCUAGGCUUUGGCUUGUUGGUUAUAGCCAUUGGAGCAUGGUGCUUGUAUAAGUUUAUCAGAAAGCAAAGGGAGAUGAAGCGGAAGAAGUUCCUUGAGCUUAAUGGAGGACUAUUGUUGCAAGAAAACUUUAUGUCGAACGAAGGCAACGUUAAGAAGACAAGAGUGUCCAUCUCGAAAGAAUUGGAGAAAGCCACAGAAAACUGCGGUGGCAAACAUGGCGACGAGGUGUCUGAACUUGAGUAGGGAAAAAACGGACAAAUAUGAGAGAAGUCUCAACGGAAUCGGGGAGGAUUCGGUAUUCACAAGUCCAACUUCAUAACGAGGAAGAUGAUGACGCCAUGGGAGGUCCAUGGAACGUUCUUACUGAUUCCUUCAUACAACAUCACCACCACAUCUUCAUAUCGUCGAAAUAUUGUGACCGUCGGAGACCACUACUGUUCGAACCCUAACAUUCAAAAUUUUGGUGUGAUUCAAUUUGUUUGUGUUAUGUUGUUUUAUCCGAUUUGGAGAAUUUUAUACUGAAUAACAACAUUUUUUUUUUUUUUUUGGUUCGGUUUGUGGCAAACGUUGUGAUAACCUAGUGGAGUUCAGCUAUGUUGAAACAGAAACAUUUAU